UAUAAAUAAUCAGUUUACAAAUAAUUCCAAUCAACAGUUGUAAUUUCAAAGGUUUUAGACAAAAAAGUGCGCCACGAUUAUUAAUUAUUUUCAAAAUGAAACUUUUGGUGACUUGUGUUCUGUUUUCAACAAUAAUGUUGGUGAAUGCUGGUGUCAGCCGCUUCGAAAUCGAUCACAGUAUUUUGGGUUUAUUUGGGGAAAAUAGACAUGGUUCGAUGAUAACCCCGGAGCAAAAAAAAUGCAUCAGUGAUGAACUUAAGAAGCUAGCCAUUCAAUAUCCCGAAUUCAAGGAAUGGUUUGCGGAUUAUGAAGAAUCGUUUUUUUCUUUCAUGAAAAACAGCGCUAAAUGUAUGAGACUUCAAGAUCAAGAUGAGAGACAGGAAUGUGCCAUGAAGGCUAUAAAGAUUUAUUACCUCGAAUGGAACCAAUUGAAUGAACAAUUACCAGAAGAACAAAGAGAACUAAUCCACGAAAAAACCAGAUUAUUGAAAGAACAUUGUAUGAGGAAUGAGGAAUAACGUAUUUGGCGAUAUUAUACCUUAUUACGGAGCAUAAUGCGUAGCAUGCAAAAGCAUUUACGAUGCUUACAAAAUGCACAACUUAAAAAAAAGAUUUGUUUACAUGUCAAAUGUAAUGUACUAUCUUCAAAAUAAAAUCUUCAAAUUAAAAAAAAAA